AUGUCCAGCAUCGACACCACGCUUUCCCCCUUGUUCGCCAAGAUCGAUGAGCUCAAGCCGCAGUUCAUCCAGAGAUUGACCGACGCCGUGGCCAUCCCCUCCGUGUCCAGCGACGAGACCUUGAGACCCAAGGUCUUCGCCAUGGCCGACUUUUUGAAAGAGGAGUUGGCAAAGUUGGGCGCCGACGACAUCACCAUCAAAGACUUGGGUAUCCAGCCCCCUCCUGUAAGCGACCCUGAGCUCCCUCUCCCUCCAAUCGUCCUAUCCAAGUUCGGGUCCGACCCAAACAAGAAGACCGUCUUGAUCUACGGCCACUACGACGUGCAGCCAGCUCUUUUGGAGGACGGUUGGGCGUCCGACCCUUUCACCUUGGUUGAGAAGGACGGCAAGCUCAUUGGUAGAGGCUCCACCGACGACAAGGGCCCGGUCAUGGGCUGGUUGAACUCCCUCCAGGCUCACAAGGAGCUUGGAUUAGAGCUGCCUGUCAACAUCGUCUUCUGUUUCGAAGGUAUGGAGGAGUCCGGCUCCAUUGGUUUGGACACCUUGAUUGCCCAAGAAGCCAAGAAGUACUUCAAGGAGGUCGAAUCCGUGUGUAUAAGCGACAACUACUGGUUGGGUACGAAGAAGCCGGUCCUCACCUACGGUUUGAGAGGCUGUAACUACUACCAGAUCAGCAUCAAGGGUCCCGGCGCUGACUUGCAUUCCGGUAUAUUCGGUGGUGUUAUCCACGAACCAAUGACCGACUUGGUCAACGUCAUGUCCAAGCUGGUCGACAUCAACGGCAACAUCCUCAUCCCAGGAGUCAACGAAAUGGUUGCCCCAGUCACCGAAAAGGAAGCUUCCCUAUACAAGGACAUUGAAUUCGACGUCGACGAGUUGAACCUCGCAGCAGGCUCCAACACCGCCAUCUACCAGAGCAAGAAAGACAUCUUAAUGCACAGAUGGAGAUUCCCUUCCUUGUCUUUGCACGGUAUCGAAGGUGCCUUCUCCGGCGCAGGUGCCAAGACCGUCAUACCUGCCAAGGUCGUCGGUAAGUUCUCCAUCAGAACCGUUCCGGACAUGGACAGCAAGAAGUUGGACGAGUUGGUCAUCAACUUCUGUAACGAGAAGUUUAAGGAAUUGAAGUCGCCAAACCAGUUCACAACAGAAUUGAUCCACGACGGUGCCUACUGGGUCAGUGAUCCUUUCAACAACGAAUUCACCGCCGCCAAGCUAGCUACAGAGAAGGUUUGGGGGGUCGAGCCAGACUUAACUAGAGAGGGUGGUUCCAUCCCAAUCACCUUGACUUUUGAGAAAGAGUUGGGCGCCAACGUCUUGCUAUUGCCAAUGGGUAAGGGUGACGACGGUGCACACUCCAUUAACGAAAAGCUCAACACUCCUAACUACAUCGAAGGAACUAAGACUUUGAGUGCUUACUUGCACUACUUCGGUGCUACCAAAUAA